UUUAUAUUGAUUAUUGACUGUUUCGUGUUUAUGAGAGUGCUUCCGAAUUGUUACGAAGUUCAUGAUGGAUUGUAAAAUACUACAUCCUGUGAAGACUGAGAAGCAGAUAUGGGAAAACUCAAUGCCAGAAGAUGAUCCAAACAGUAACUCUGACACACACCAGGAAAACAGUGGAAUUCGCAGAUGGGGACCAAACCAUGCAGGGGCUAAAGAACUAGCUAGUUACUAUACUAAAGGAAAAAGGCUUCAGGAAAUAAUUUCAGUUGUAAGCUGUCUAACUCUUAUGGUUAUAAACUUCAUUCACCUGCUGUACCAUUUUCAGUUAAGCAAAUGCAGCUACAUCUUGGUAGCAUCUUUGAGUGGCAUAAUCACUGCAGAUUUCUUGAGCGGACUAGUGCAUUGGGCAGCUGACACUUGGGGUUCAGUGGAUCUUCCAGUAAUUGGCAAGGCUUUUAUUAGACCAUUUAGAGAACAUCAUAUUGAUCCAACAGCAAUUACUCGCCAUGACUUUAUUGAAACGAAUGGUGAUAACUUUAUGGUUACAGUACCUUCUUUGGCAUACAUGAGCUAUCAGUUCUUUUUCUAUCCCAGUGAUAAAAUCCAGGAGCUCUACAAUUGGAAUUGUUACCUCUUUCUGUUAGCUUUAUUUGUUGCUACUACUAAUCAAAUUCACAAGUGGUCCCACACUUAUUUUGGACUUCCACGUUGGGUGACUCUGUUGCAGGAUUGCCACAUUAUACUCCCUCAACGUCACCAUCGUAUCCACCAUGUAGCACCACAUGAGACCUACUUCUGCAUCACAACUGGCUGGUUAAAUUAUCCCCUUGAGAAGUUCCACUUCUGGGAGACCUGGGAGACAAUAAUUGAAGCCAUGACGGGCUGCAAGCCCCGAUCAGAUGACAUGAAAUGGGCUCAAAAACGUGACUGAAAUUUUCACUUUAGAUUUCAUUAUUUUGCUAUGACAUUAUAGUAGUUAUAGGAUAUACAUUAAAAUUCUAGUUCUUGUACAGCAUCUCAUUUUUAUAAUGCUUAUAGGAAAUAGGAGGGAAACUGAAGUUGUAUUUUAUUAAGAAAAAAAAAUAUUUGUUGGAGUUCAAAGAAAACCAUAAAGAAACUGAGAACAAAAAAGAAAAAGACUGAGUGUAGCUAAGAUAUUUUGUUGUUUUUACACACUUAUUAUGAUCAUAUUGUGUUUAUAUGUAUUAAAAUCAGAGGUUCAAUUUCCUGCAGUGGACAGAAUUCAUAUAGCCCAUUAUGUAGCUUUGCUCUAAAACAAAAUAAUUUUUUUUGUGUAUUUUAACAGUUUAAUGCCAAGUAAGUACAUGAAAAAUGAUUUAGAUAAAUUACUAGCUCUGGUGUGAUAACCAUAUAUUUACAUGUGUGAUUUAAAACUUAGCUUUAUUGACAUAACACAAUGCUUUUACAAAAAUAAAUGCAAUAAAAAUAGAAUUAAAUAGUAUUAAAUAAAAACAAGCUAAUUUUGUGUUGUUGCAAAGACAUUUUGUAAAAUUUCUGUGUGUGUGUAUUUAUAUGUAUAUAUAGUAGAUUAUGUUAUUGCGUUAUGUUGAAACGUGAAAUGUUUCGCUGAGAAAUAUCAGAUAUAAAUUACCUUUUCUUUUGUUAUUUUUUACAAUUGGGCAGUCUGUAAACAUAUUAAAUUGAAUAAUUUAAUUUUAGAGCAGUUAAAUCAUGGCUGAAUGUUUGUUUCAGUUAGGAGUCAUUCAUAAUAAGCAAUAUACAAGUAUACAAAAACACUCCAAUCAAAAACAUUUACUCCAACAGUAUAUCCAUGUUUAAAAGUGUUUUAAAGCACAAUUGUAUCCUAAAUGAGUUUCAUCUGAAAGUCAGUUAAUUUUAUUUAUUGUGGGUUUUCCUUCAAAAGAUAAAGUUCUCUGAAUAAUGAUUACGCUUUUUUUGUUCUUCUAGCCACUAAUUUAAAUUAAAUUUAGCAUUCUUUAUUUCUUUUGACUUAGUUGUAAUAUUAUUUAGUAAUACUAAUUAUUUAACUAGCUACAUGACUAUUGUAUUUUUGUAGCAUAUUAGCUGAAUUUAUACAUAAAACAUUUCAAUUUCCCAUAUUCUAGUCAUCUUCAGCUUACUGUGUUUUACAGUUCUAUCAGCUAAAGCGUAUGUGUUGUUCAGUUAAACAAUGUAUCCAAGGUCAUUCUGUAACUUAGGCCUUUUUUGUUUUUAUAAUUAGUUUUUUUAUAGAUAUAUAUUCAGCAAGUGCUUCGAAAUUUGUGUUAGAAGAAAAUAUAAAUAAUCUCAGUUGUUAAAAUUGGGCUUUUGUUAGAUCUCAAACCAAAUUGAAUUAUUGUAUCAUAAGCUUAUCUAACAUUGCAUUUGGUUUCAAACAUGUUUCUUACAGUCUGCUUUUUUAUUUUCAGAUAUUUAAUGAUAAUUUCUAACAUAUUCUCCAAGACCAGGGCCAAAUUAACUAACAUGCAUAGUGGGCAUGCAGUUGGCCAAAACAUUCAGGGUCAAGUUUUACCUGCUGUUAAGAUCAUAUUAAUAAUUUUUAAUAGGGGGAAGAAGUUUGGUCAGAGAGUGUGUGUGUGUAAUCCAAAACUAAUGAAACUGUAACCACUGAUAUUAAUUGAGUUCACUGUCUAUUUGUCUUUUUUUUUGCAUUUUCAAUCAGCUUAGCACAAGAACUGUUUGCCUUGAUUACUACUUUAUCUCAGAAUUAUCUGUACACUGAGAAAUAAAAGAGAAAGGAAAGGUCAGGAACUGACCAGAAUAUAGCUGUAAAAAGUAAUGGGAAGUAUUUUUAUAUGUUUUAGGCACUUGAUAGGUGUUCAGAUCAUAAGUGCUCCAGUUAAAGAUAUGUUUUAUAGUUGUGCUGUUGGUAGUUGUUUUUGUUUUUUAAUGGGCCCACAGAGCUGAAACUGCUCACAGAUGCACUGCAUCCUUAAUCCUGCCCUGCCUGAGACAGAUGUGCCAUUUGUUUCAUACUAACUGAAUAUAUGUGUAGCUUCAUCUAAAACAUUAGGGCAAAAAUUCUAUAUUCUAAGGAAUUACUGAUAAUAAUAAUAAUGUUUAUAUUAAUCUUACUACUAGAUCUCCAGCAUAACUGGCACUGUUUUUGUGCAUGCAUGUGUGUACAGGAAAAUCCUAGAAAUUAGACUGGUUAAAUCUCAGUAUUAGUUAAGGACAACUAGGCACUAAAACAUAAAUAAAAAUAAAAUUUAGCAUAAAGACCAUCUUCUUUAGGCUUUUUUAAAAUUAUAAUUUAGUUUAUCUCAAUUACUACUACUACACACAAAAAAAAGACUUGCUGCAGAGAACCCUUUGUUUUCACACUCAUCCACCCAUUUGUUGUGACACUUUAGUCCAAAUGUAUGUGUGCACUGCAUCUUAUCACAUCUUUGAAAUCAAACCUUUUAUAUAUAUUGUGUCGAGAUGUAGGAAUAAUAUUGAGAUGUGGUAUCAAAUUAUUUUUAUGCCCCUUAAAUGAACAGUAAUUUUCUAAUUUUGGAAACUAGCAGUUUUUAGUUUUUCUGUGUAAUAAUAUAUUGGAUGGUUAGUGGUCUGUAAACUUCCAAGUAUAUUGUAAUUAAAAAUGAAUAAUAUGGCAUGUAGAAAUAAAUUUACUUCUAUUUAAUUAGCUUUUGCAUAUAGUCAAGUGUAUGCUUGUACACAAUAACAGAGAUUCUAGUGAACAUAAAUGUGUGUCAAGUUAGUCAUUUUUAUAGAGAAGUUUGACAGUUUUCAAAAACUGAAAAGUCAAACUAUACUAGGAUCAUUCCUGGACACAGAAUAAAUUUAUGAAACAAUAGAAUCCCACAAAUUAAAAAUGGUACAUAUUUUUAUUACAAAAAAAAGCACAAAUUAUUACUUGCAUAUUUUAUUAACAUGUUUAAAAAAUUAAUUUCCAUAACUAAAUUUUUCAUACAUCAACAUAAAGCAAAUGUUACAAUUAAGAAAAUAUGUUAAUUCAAGUGUUCCUUUUAAUAUUUUUCUGAGUGAUUAUUACAUCUACUAGCCUUGUUCUUGAAAUGGCCAUUUUACUGAAGGCUCAUUCACACAUAUAUACACACACACACACACACAUAUAUAUAUAUAUAUAUAUAUACACACACAAACUGGGAAUUCUAGAACAAGUGGCUGUAUUUUACAAAAAUGUUACUAGAUAGCACAGCAUAAUUUCAGUAAUUUUACAUCAGUGUACUAACCUGUUGAAGGUUUAACAUAAUGGUUGAUCCAAUUUUAAUUUGUAUAGGUAGUCUAAAAACAAUUAUGUUGUGACAUGAUGUGAUAUUAUCGUGGUGUAUUUGGCAAAACUAGCCUGUUGCAGCAGGAGUAGUGCAUCAAUGGGUAGAUCAGUUCUCUCUUUCAUCUUUUCUUCACUGAAAUUCACAUUUUGGUGUAGAAAAUAAAUUAACGAGUAAAUUAUUAAUUUGUGUUAAUUUAUAAACUUGGUUUUAAUUUUGAUGAUUAGUUAGUCACACUGACAAAAAUUACAUUCAUAUAUUGUAGUCUCAAAAUACUGUAAGAAUUUAGCAAACAAAGUUAUCUGACUGUCAUAUUUCAUUUGUUGAUGUAUUUGGCUCCAUGAUUUUGAAAAAUAAAA